GACAGAGCCAGUUGCAGUAGGGAGCUUUGAUGAGAAGCAUCGUAGGCAUAAAAAUCAUCAAACAUCAAGGACACUCCCAGGUGUCCCGAGGCACCAGAAACUUUUCAAUCUGUUGAGGUUCUCAUUUGUGUAACCUGUAGCUGAUGCUGAUAUUUUUUUAGACCAAGGGGUUUUCACACUUAUGAGAGCUGAGGUACUUGAAUCAGCAGAAAAAGAAUAAGAAAAACAAACAUGGCCCAAAUAACUACAGAAGAAAUAGCCCGGCUUUUCCCAAAGAUUUCUUUGAGCGCGGCAGAUGAGAAGGUCCGGCUGAUGGCAGAGAAGGUAUAUGCCUCUGCCCUGAAAGAGGAAGACACCAAGGAUGCCAUUGCUCUGUUCAGUGUGCCAGAGGACUGUCCUAUCGGCCUGCGUGAAAACAGGGAGAGAGAGAUGCAAAAGGAGCUGGCUGAGCAGCACUCUCAGGAAUCAGUGAAAAGGAAGAAGACCUUUUUGUUGAAGCGCUCACAGUCCAUAUCUUUCCAGUUUUCUGAUGACUGGAGGACAACUCCAUUGCCCACCCCAGGAGGGACCGAAACGUUUCCCUCACAGACCUUCCCAGAAUACCAGAGAGUUACCAUCAGUGGGGAUUAUUGUGCAGGGAUCACAGUUGAGGAUUAUGAACAAGCAGCCAAGAGUCUCUUUAAGGCCCUGACCAUCCGAGAGAAAUACUCCAGGCUGGCAUACCACCACUUCCCAAGAACGGUUGCCCAGUUCCUUCGCAAUGGAGAGAACUUGAAGUGGACCGAGGAAGAUGAGGUCCUGCCAGACAUCUUGCCUUACCCUGAAGAAGAGGACCCAUACUCCAUGGAGGGUAUUCCUGAGAAUCUGAACUAUGAGUUGAAGAUGAAGGAUGGCAUAGUUCAUGUUUAUGCCCAUGCUGAGGCCCUGAAGCAAGAGCAACCCCUUAGCCUCCCCUACCCUGACCUUGAGACCUUCACUUUUGAUCUGAGCCACGUACUUGCAAUGAUUGCUGAUGGACCAACGAAAACUUACUGUCACAGACGGCUAAACUUCUUGGAAUCUAAAUUCCACCUUCAUGAAAUGUUGAAUGAAAUGGCAGAGAUGAAGGAGCUAAAAAGCGUUGCACAUAGAGAUUUUUAUAACGUUAGAAAGGUGGACACACAUAUACACGCUGCUGCCUGCAUGAACCAGAAGCAUCUGCUGAAAUUCAUAAAGACAUCGUACCAGACAGAGGCGGACCGCGUGGUCUUGGAAAAAGGCAACCAGAAGAUGACUCUCGAAGAAGUCUUCAGAAAGCUUAACAUGGAUCCCUAUGACCUCACUGUGGAUUCACUGGAUGUGCAUGCUGGAAGACAAACCUUCCACCGCUUUGACAAGUUCAACUCCAAGUACAACCCAGUGGGAGCCAGCGAGCUGCGAGAGAUUUACCUGAAAACAGACAACUACAUUAAUGGAGAGUACUUUGCACGUCUCAUCAAGGAAGUUGCUGCAGAGCUGGAGGAGAGCAAGUAUCAGCAUGCUGAGCCCCGUCUGUCAAUUUACGGCCGAUCUGCCAGCGAGUGGGAGAGCCUCGCGGCGUGGUUCAUCCAACAUAAGGUCCACUCCCCCAACAUGAGAUGGAUGAUCCAGAUUCCAAGGAUCUUUGACAUCUUCAAGUCAAAGAAACUAGUACCGCACUUUGCCAAGAUUCUUGAGAACGUAUUCCUUCCACUUUUUGAGGCUACCAUCAACCCUCAAAAGCACAAAAAAACCCACGUGUUUCUAAAAUAUGUGACAGGGUUUGACAGCGUGGAUGACGAGUCCAAACACAGCGACCACAUGUUUUCUUACAAAAGCCCAAAGCCCGAGGAGUGGACCACUGACGACAACCCUCCAUACACCUAUUACCUCUUUUAUAUGUAUGCCAACAUCAUGGUGCUCAACAACCUGCGCAAGGAGCGAGGUCUGAACACCUUCCUGUUUCGUCCCCACUGUGGGGAGGCAGGCUCCAUCACCCACCUGGUUUCUGCCUUCCUGACAGCGGACAACAUCUCCCAUGGACUCAACCUCAAGAAGAGUCCAGUGUUGCAGUACCUGUACUACCUGGCCCAGGUCCCGAUUGCGAUGUCCCCACUAAGCAACAACAGCCUUUUCCUGGAGUACUCCAAGAACCCACUGCGCGAGUUUCUCCACAAAGGCUUGUGUGUGUCGCUGUCCACCGAUGAUCCCAUGCAGUUCCACUACACUAAGGAAGCCCUGAUGGAGGAGUACGCCAUAGCAGCACAGCUGUGGAAACUGAGCACAUGUGAUCUUUGUGAGAUUGCCAGGAACAGCGUCCUGCAGAGCGGCCUCUCACAUCAGGAGAAGAAACACUUUCUUGGUUCCAACUACCUACAAGACGGACCAGAGGGCAACGACAUCCGGAGGACCAACGUCGCACAGAUCCGCUUGGCCUUCCGCCACGAGACUCUGUGUAAUGAACUCAGUUUUCUGGUGGAUGCUGUGAAGACAGAGGUUGGCAUAAAUCCAGCCAAGUCGUAGACCUAAUGACUCCAAACCACACCUGGAUGUGCCUUCAGAGAUGAUGGGACACAGACUAGACAGCACAUUUUGUUUUAUUCAGUUUAUUUGUUGUUCUUUCACUUAGUCCUCAAAAUGUUGGAAUGCUUGUGGUGUGUCUGGAGAUGAGGUGCAGAUAUUUUCUUAGCCUGAUUGAUAAUUUUACACCAGAGCUAUCACCGGUUUAGAUGCCUCUUUAUAUCAAGGUAGGUUUUUAUUUCUUUUGGAUUACUUUUGUGCAAUUAUCAUAGAGCAACUUGCCAGUAUGAUUUUUAUGAAUUUCAAAUGCAGUGGAGAGGGAAAUAUGUCAUGUUCUUUAAAGUUUUUGUAAUGAUUUUAUGCUGUUUGAUGGAUUUUACUAAAGUCUUGGGAUUUAUUGAGUAUUUCUGUACCUGUAAAUGUAAUAGGAUUACAAUUAUGUUACAUUUUUCCAAUUUUCUCAUUUUUGCACAACUUAAAUAAAGGCUAUAAAACAGAA